AUGGCGCGAAGGCUAUCGGAGAUGGCAGAACAAGCUGUGCUUGAAGGGGGUCGCUCGGCGCGCAAAAACAUAGAACACGCGGGGUUCUCAGAUGAUCUGAAGAAGCAGCUUGAAGAGAGAAUCGCAGCAACGGCAUUCAAAAGUGAUCAUGCGACUGCCCAUGCAAUCGUCGACAUGCCUUUGAGUGCAGGUCAAGGAACUCAAGAUAUCGCCGCAGCUGAGGCAUGGUCCGGAACGGAGAGCCUUCACGAUGUCACACUUCGCAUGCUGGAUAGCUCGAAGAAGCCUAUGCGCGUACCCUAUAAAAUCCCACAACCCAACCCCGUCGAUAUGCGAAUCUCUCCCAAGCCUCAAAAAUCGCCUGGCCUUCGCCUCGCCGAAGCCAAGGACCGCACAUCUACAUACUCCUUAAGCCAAAGCCCCGGGUUAUCGGAUGAAGAGCGUGAGGCAAUGCGGCGAGAGAUGCGCGAGAGGUUCACCCCAGGCGGUCGACCAAUGCCGAGGACGAUCCAGGGGUUAGCGUCGCUUGCAAACGAACGGAUAGAGGAUGCGAUGUCGCGCGGUCAAUUCGAGCGAAUAAAACGAGGAAAGGGUGUCAAUACACAGACCGACCAUAAUGCAAAUAGUGCAUUUAUCGAUACAACUGAAUAUUUCAUGAACAAAAUGAUUCAAAAACAAGAGUUGGUUCCUCCGUGGAUCGAGAAACAACAGGAGCUGGCGAGGGAGGUGGAUCGGUUUCGUCAGCGCUUAAGAACGGAAUGGAGACGGCAAGCGGCUAGAUUGAUUGCGAGUGAAGGAGGAUCCCUAGAAGCUCAGAUGAGGCGUGCUCAGGCUUAUGCCGCUGCGGAAGCUCGUUUGGCAGAGAAAGUCCAGAUAGAGCGAUCAUUCCAAGAGCUUUAUAAUGUCGAGCCGUCCGCAACGAACCCGAACAAUGACGAAGACAUAGCUGCUAUUUCGCCGGAAAUCGAAACCAAUGAGAACCCCCGGCUGCCAUAUGUUUCGCCAUUGCGCGACUCCCAGUAUCUUUCAACAGAGCGCUCUUUUUAUGAGCUAGCAGUUAAGAAUCUCAAUAAUCUUACUCGUUCUUACAACCUGCAAGCACCACCCGUUGCCCAGAAGCCGUACAUCAAUCUGGAACGUGAAUUAUCUACGUGCUACGCCGAUGUAGCGCCCACUUUAGCCGAGGAGAUUAAACGGCGCGCGACAGAGAGGACCAGCCGCCCUAAGUCCGUGGGAUCUAAAGCGUCCGGCAUUAUCGAGUCCUUAAGCACAUCAACUACCACACGAGUUUAUGAGGAGGAUAAAAAUAAAGGAUAUGGAUUCAAGGAAUUCUGGCGGGACCUAUUUUCAAAGAAUGACUAG